GGGAGGCAAAAAAGAGAGAAAGAACACGCAACAACUAGAGGAAGAAAAAAAAGAGAAAGAAAGGAAAGAAACCCACCCACCCACACACACACAAAAAAAAAUUCGAAAGAAAAAAAAGAAAAGAAAAAAUUUCUGUGGCGCGCCGCCUGGUUCCCGGGAAGACUCGCCAGCACCAGGGGGUGGGGGAGUGCGAGCUGAAAGCUGCUGGAGAGUGAGCAGCCUUAGCAGGGAUGGACAUGAUGCUGUUGGUGCAGGGUGCUUGUUGCUCGAACCAGUGGCUGGCGGCGGUGCUCCUCAGCCUGUGCUGCCUGCUACCCUCCUGCCUCCCGGCUGGACAGAGUGUGGACUUCCCCUGGGCGGCUGUGGACAACAUGAUGGUCAGAAAAGGGGACACGGCGGUGCUUAGGUGUUAUUUAGAAGAUGGAGCUUCAAAGGGUGCCUGGCUGAACCGGUCAAGUAUUAUUUUUGCGGGAGGUGAUAAGUGGUCAGUGGAUCCUCGAGUUUCAAUUUCAACAUUGAAUAAAAGGGACUACAGCCUCCAGAUACAGAAUGUAGAUGUGACAGAUGAUGGCCCAUACACGUGUUCUGUUCAGACUCAACAUACACCAAGAACAAUGCAGGUGCAUCUAACUGUGCAAGUUCCUCCGAAGAUAUAUGACAUCUCAAGUGAUAUGACCAUCAAUGAAGGAACCAAUGUCACCCUUACUUGUUUGGCCACUGGGAAACCAGAGCCUUCCAUUUCUUGGCGACACAUCUCCCCAUCAGCAAAACCAUUUGAAAAUGGACAAUAUUUGGACAUUUAUGGAAUUACAAGGGACCAGGCUGGAGAAUACGAAUGCAGUGCAGAAAAUGAUGUGUCAUUCCCAGAUGUGAAAAAAGUGAAAGUUGUCGUAAACUUCGCUCCUACGAUUCAGGAAAUUAAAUCUGGCACGGUGGUCCCUGGACGCAGCGGAUUGAUAAGAUGCGAAGGUGCAGGUGUGCCGCCUCCGGCCUUUGAAUGGUACAAAGGAGAGAGGAAGCUCUUCAAUGGCCAACAAGGAAUUAUUAUUCAAAAUUUUAGCACAAGAUCCAUUCUCACUGUUACCAAUGUGACGCAGGAGCACUUCGGCAACUAUACUUGUGUGGCUGCCAACAAGCUAGGCACAACCAAUGCGAGCCUGCCUCUCAACCCUCCAAGUACAGCCCAGUAUGGAAUUACCGGGAGCGCUGACGUUCUUUUCUCCUGCUGGUACCUUGUGUUGACACUGUCCUCUUUCACCAGCAUAUUCUACCUGAAGAAUGCCAUUCUACAAUAAAUCUAAAGACCCAUAAAAGGCUUUUAAGGAUUCUCUGAAAGUGCUGAUGGCUGGAUCCAAUCUGGUACAGUUUGUUAAAAGCAGCGUGGGAUAUAAUCAGCAGUGCUUACAUGGGGAUGAUCGCCUUCUGUAGAAUUGCUCAUUAUGUAAAUACUUUAAUUCUACUCUUUUUUUUGAUUAGCUACAUUACCUUGUGAAGCAGUACACAUUGUCCUUUUUUUAAGACGUGAAAGCUCUGAAAUUACUUUUAGAGGAUAUUAAUUGUGAUUUCAUGUUUGUAAUCUACAACUUUUCAAAAGCAUUCAGUCAUGGUCUGCUAGGUUGCAGGCUGUAGUUUACAAAAAACGAAUAUUGCAGUGAAUAUGUGAUUCUUUAAGGCUGCAAUACAAGCAUUCAUUUCCCUGUUUCAAUAAGAGUCAAUCCACAUUUACAAAGAUUCAUUUUUUUUCUUUUUUGAUAAAAAAGCAAAUAA